AUGGUGCGAAUGGGAGGGAUUGGGGGAAAGAUGGGGGAGAGAUGGGGGAGAGAUGGGGGAGAGAUGGGGGAAGAAGGGAGAUGGGGGAAGAAGGGAGAUGGGGGAAGAAGGGAGGUGGGGGAAGAAGGGAGGUGGGGGAAGAAGGGAGGUCCCACGCUUCCGCUCUCUGUCGCCCGCGUCGUCGCCAUCGCUUCCGCAGCUCGUCGCGUUCGCGACCCCUGCCCGUCGCCUUCGCUCCGCCCGUCGCCUUCACUCCCCCCCCCUCCUCCCCCCCCUUCCGUUGCCUUCAUUUCCCCCUCUCGUCCUCCCGUCGCCUUCACGUCCCCCUCUCGUCGCCUUCACUUUCCCCCCUCCCGUCGCCUUCACUUCCCCUUCCCGUCACCUUCACUACCCCCUCCCGUCGCCUUCACUUCUCCCCCCCGUCGCCUUCACUUCCCCCUCUCGUCGCCUUCACUUCCCCCUCCCGUCGCCUUCACUUCCCCCUCCCUCGCCUUCACACUUCCCCCUCCCGUCGCCUUCACUUCUCCCUCCCGUCGCCUUCACUUCCCCCUCCCGUCACCUUCACUUCCCCUCCCGUCUCCUUCAUUUCCCCCUCCCGUCGCCUUCACUUCCCCUUCCCGUCGCCUUCACUUCCCCCUCCCGUCGCCUUCACUUCCCCUUCCCGUCGCCUUCACUUCCCCCUCCCGUCGCCUUCACUUCCCCCUCCCGUCGCCUUCACUUCCCCCUCCCGUCGCCUUCACUUCCCCCUCUCGUCGCCUUCACUUCCCCCUCCCGUCGCCUUCACUUCCCCCUCCCGUCGCCUUCACUUCCCCCUCCCGUCGCCUUCACUUCCCCCUCCCGUCGCCUUCACUUCCCCCUCCCGUCGCCUUCACUUCCCCCUCCCCUCGCCUUCACUUCCCCCUCCCGUCGCCUUCACUUCCCCCUCCCGUUCGCCUUCACUUCUCCCUCCCGUCGCCUUCACUUCCCCCUCCCGUCGCCUUCACUUCCCCCUCCCGUCGCCUUCAUUUCCCCCUCCCCGUCGCCUUCACUUCCCCUCCCGUCUCCUUCAUUUCCCCCUCCCGUCGCCUUCACUUCCCCUUCCCGUCGCCUUCACUUCCCCCUCCUGUCGCCUUCACCUCCCCCAUUUCCCCCCUUCACGCUCUCUUACCCCCUCUGCUCGCCCCUCCCCAUGCUUACUGGCUAUCCCCUUUGCUCACCGCCUUCUCCACCCUGCUCACUCUGUUCCCCGCUUCGCUCACUCCUCUGCCUAACUCCUCCCAUACAUGCCCUCCACCUUCACCCCUCGCUUAUUCUGCCAUAUCCUCUCUUCCCUCCCCGUUCCAUACAGAACCAUGCGAUGGGUCCCAAACAGGAGUGGGUUGA